UUGUAGCAACCCAGCAACCCUUACGUGCUUACAUUGGUGGCCAUGUUUGUAAGGACAGAGUACCCAACAAAAGCCAAGCAUAGACAUUGAAAAUAAGUGUAAAUUUCUCACAUCACCGUUUUGAUUUGUUUGAAACUUUUUACCAAUGCCAAAGUGUGCGCUAUUAAUAUAGAAUACUUCGGGGAAAGGUAAUUGUACCCUUGGUUAAAGGUUAACCCCAGUUCGCUUAUUAUAUUCCUCGGCCUUAUGUGCAAAUAUAAGCAGCAAAUGUGCUAGAAAUCGCUGUUAUUUUUGGGCUUCAUACUGCUGUUCACUCACGUGGAACUCGCUGAUGCCUUUGACCCACUAGCUCUAUAAACGGGGUGUGCCAUACCUACCUCAUGCUUUUACGUAAGGGUGAGCUAAUGUUUUUAAGCUACACGUCUCGCAAACCACGGAAAAGCCUGCGCUCUCUCUCUUUUUUAAAUCUCUUCAUAUAUUUCUUUGUGACGCCUGGAAUCAGACAGAACGUGUGAGGUGCGUGUUUACAACGCAGGGGUGAGGAGCAUCAACUACGUUUUCAGAUGUCCUGUAUGUGAACACUGAACAAUGGUAGCCAAAGAGUCAAAUUAAGCGAACUCACAGGUUAUUGACCUAUCGUCAAAUAGCUAAUUAAGUGGACGACCAAGACGGCAUAUCUUUAAAGUGCGCGAAGAACUUCAUAAUGGAUAGUAAAUAUAACCUCAAAAGUCCAGCGGUGAAGAGGUUGAUGAAAGAGGCUGCUGAAUUGAGAGAUCCCACAGAGCACUACCAUGCUCAGCCACUAGAAGAUAACCUAUUUGAAUGGCACUUCUCUGUACGUGGACCUCCAGAUUCAGAUUUCGAUGGUGGGAUUUACCAUGGCAGGAUUGUACUUCCUCCAGAGUAUCCGAUGAAGCCUCCCAGCAUUAUUCUUCUCACACCAAAUGGAAGAUUUGAAGUUGGGAAGAAAAUCUGUCUGAGUAUAUCGGGUCACCAUCCAGAGACAUGGCAGCCUUCAUGGAGCAUACGAACUGCUCUAAUUGCCAUAAUUGGAUUCAUGCCAACAAAAGGAGAGGGUGCAAUUGGAUCCCUUGAUUAUACUCCAGAAGAGAGGCGGAUCCUUGCCAAAAAGUCCCAGGAUUUUUGCUGUGAGACGUGUAACUGUUCAUUGCGCUCAGCACUCCGAGAUCUGUCCCCCAACAGCAACCUCAGCCCAGAGGACCACAUGGCAAAUGAACAUGCACAACAAAUUGACUUGAAGACAGAGCCAAGUUCACCAAUUGAAAAAGCAAGUGAGGGUAAAGAUGCCGAGUUCGAGGUUUCCAUUCUUCACGGGGAAGGUGCCUCAAAUUCUUCAGUCCGCGAAGCUGUUCUUGGGGCCCUGACUGAGCAGCCGGACGUGUUAACAACCACCAGAGAGGAGAGGCCACAAACUCUUUUUCCUCUCGACACUAGUCAGCCUCACAGUCCACGGCAGCGUCAAGUCCAACAAGCCCAAAGAGACAACGAAGAAGCCCCAAAUAGACCACCCUUCAUUGGAGGGGUUCACGAGCCACAAGGUGAUAGCUAUACAGGCUCAGCCAUGGUCAUUAUGGUGCUCACUUUGGCCCUGGCUGCUCUUAUUUUCCGGAGGAUUUACUUGGCUCAUGAGUACAAGUUUGAUUAUGAGCUGUGACCUUUCUUAUUACAUAAUUUCGGUACCAAGGCUGCCAUUCCAUCCUACCUCUAACACCAUGAGCAUCUGCAUUUCCACCAGAGGUUCAGUAAUCACUGGAAGAUUUGGCUUUCACCUUGAUCCACAUUCCUGCAAAGGUGUCCCUGUCACUGCAGCAUUGUUGGUUUAUUUUUUUUCCAUUCUGUGAAUUUUUGCCCUGUCCUUAGACUAACCUGCAGUUUUUGCGAGGGUGUGUAAUCGUGGAUUAGCAAUUAUUCAUUUUAUGAACUCAUCAACUGCUUAUGUGUUUGUAUUGAUCAAUUGGAAACCAGCUAUUUACUUCCACUGAUCCAUGUCUUUUCAAGUGGCAUGGACUGAGGAUGUGGUAUUAAACAGCAGAAAGGUUCCCCGUCGACAAUUGUUCCAGUGGUUGAUAAACUUUAUCAAACCCUUUUUUGAUUAUGUUUAUGAGUGCAACAGCAGUAAAAUUUGCUCAACCCGCCACCCACAAAUGACUGUUGUAGCUACUGUAUCACUCAUCAUCAAAUGCUUUCUGCCAUCUUACCAAAAUAUUUGUGGAGGCGACCCUGUGAAGGUGGGUCUGGCCCAUCUUGGCCUUGAAAUUCAAGCUUCCGCGUAACUAAUGAUGAACAGAUGGUAUUAGAUUGGACUGUUGAAUUUGAGACCAUCGUAGUUUUUGAGUUGAAGAAAAAUGCACUGGAAGUUGGACAAUUUUAGGCAAAUGGCAUUUGAAGUUGUAUGUAUAUGGGUUAUUUUCAAAUAAUUUGAUCAGACCCCACUGAAUUUCAUUUUGAAAAUCAACAUUACUGAUGAGUAUUUGAAUUGUUGGCAUUUAACAUUAAAAAUAAAAUGUUUCUUUGGGGAAAAAAGCCUUUUCACACUUUUAAUGCCAGAACGUCUUUACCAUUAGAUCACAAAUUAAAAUUUCAUGAUUUGAAACAUUUUCUGAAGGUGGUAAUUACAUUUUUAAUUUUAAAAUAGGCUGCAGGAGUUCUGUCAUUUUGCUUAGGAUGCCCUUUCCAUGAAAACUAACACAAACAUUCUUAAGUGUUUCUUUAUUGAUUAUUUUACUUCUAUGUGAAGUUGUCAUUACCAUUAAUGCCACUGAAGGGAGCCUUGUGAUUGCAAUGGAAUCUGAAGUUGCAGGAUGUGGCAGCCAUUUUGCAUUCAUUUGUAUUCCUCUGGAACAUCUUCACUAUAAUAGCUAGAAUUGCAAAAUUAGGACUUCAAGCAUGGUGGUUUCAGCAUCUGAGACAUUUACAUACAAAGGCAUAAGAAAAGUUGCCAAAUGCGCAAAGUGCCUACUAUUAAUCCUUAAUUACUUUAAUGAUAUGAAAAGUACCCAAAUGUAUAAACAGUAUGUGUUGUGGUAAUUUGUGCUGUGUUUUGAGAAAAGAUGACACAGUUCAGAGUAAUUGGCUAACACCAUCUGAAAAAGCUGCUGAUGUUCAAUUGAGUUGGCUUUGCUCACAGCGUGUUUUAUAGUUGUAAUCUGUCAAUACAAAUUUUCACUCCAAAUCCUUUUUUCAGUUUUGUUUUUCUUGUUACAAUUGGAUUUGCCCCGAAAACAACAACCCAGAAAGUCACUGUUCUGCUGGACGAUUUUUCUUCUCACUAGAGGGCUGCAGGAGGCGACCCAUUGGUUCUUUAAAAAUUAUGAGGG